ACUUCCAACCCACACCAACAAAAGAAGCGCACAUCAUACCUUGGCGGGAGAAACGGCUCUUCUGUGUGGAAUGGAGCCCAUUGACAACAGAACAAGCGCCGGCGGCGCGGCAGCCUCAGCGAAGGUAGGGAAGGAGGAAAAUAGCGUGAUGGUGUUCAGGCCUCCAAAAUCGGACUCGCCAGUCCUCACCUUGGUGGCAUUGGCUUUAUGGCUUGGACCAAUCCAGUUCAAUCUGUUCCUCGCCUUGGCGUCCGUCUUCUUUUUCGAGAAGCGCACCGCCGCCUUGGUGCUGGGCAUACAGCUCUUCUUCAUGUUCGUCAAUCUCAGUGACACCAACAGAUGGGGUCGCAAGAUCGGCAGGUUUAUAUGGAAGCACGCGGUCGGCUACUUCCCCAUCACUUUGCAUGUUGAGGACUACACAGCAUUCGAUCCCAGGAGAGCCUACGUGUUUGGUUACGAGCCACACUCUGUAGUGCCCUUGGGCAUGUGGGCUCUUUCAGACCGAGCCGGGCUUAUGCCUAUGCCUAAGAUGAAGAUCCUUGCAAGUAGCGCGGCAUUCUACGUGCCUUUCCAGAGGCAAAUAUGGACGUGGCUGGGGGUAGUUCCAAUAACGAGGGAGAAUUUCUGCUCUUAUCUCAGAGCUGGUUACAGUUGCACGUUGGUGCCAGGAGGCCUGCGUGAGAUGCUGUAUAUGGAUCAUGACAACGAGUCAGAGGUUGCCUUCAUCAAAUCUAGAAAGGGUUUCGUCAGGAUUGCCUUGCAGACAGGAACCCCUCUUGUCCCUGUUUUCUGCUUUGGACAGGACCAUGCUUACAAUUGGUGGAGACCCGGACACAAAUUAUUUAUCAAGAUUGCUGAGGCAAUGAAAGCACCCCCAGUUCUCCACUGGGGAAAGUUUGGGACACCAAUCCCUUUUCGAUCACCUAUUCAUGUCUUUGUUGGAAGACCAAUUGAGGUCAAACAAAAUGAUCAGCCUACUGUUGACGAGGAGGGUCGUCAGCUGAACCUGUACCAGGGAGGCAGUGGGCACUUCACCUUCACUUCACACCAUUGGCCCAAGCAGAGCAGCAACCCCGUCUUCUUCCAGCAGAACAAUGGUGCCCUGCCCACCACACCUAGCUCGUUCUUCCAGUGCGAGCACCGGUCGUUCUCUAUGGGGGACCAUCACAAGAAGCGGCCACGGUGCUCCGCGAACGCGGAGGGGAACGGCGGCAGAAAGUCGAGCGUCGUCGCACUAUCCGGCAGUCCGCUGGCCACCGUGGCAGCAUCGGCACCGGCGUCGCCCAGCCCCGUUGGCCGUUGCCAUCGCAAAGCCAGCCGCCACGGUGGCGGUGACCAGCCCUCCGGCCGUCAUUCCACCGGCGCCGGCGACUACCAGUCCAGUUGCCACAGUCAUGGUCAUGGAGACCAGUUCAGUAGCCCCGUCGCCGGCGGCACCAACGGUGGUGGACGUGGACGUGGACGUGGACCAGGAGGUGUCCAGUCCAGUCGUUGUCAUGUCGCCGGCCCCCAGUCCAGUGGCCAUUGUGAUGUCAGUCCGCGUGGUGAAGCCGAAAGACGAAGGCGCAGCUCACGGAGGGCAUCGCGCAGUCCGCCGCUGGCGACAGCGUCGUACUCCCUCCCCCACCGAAGAGCGAGCCGCAGCCAAAAGUCUACCAAUGGAUCUGCUGCGUUCGUGAGUGGGUCAGCGCGUCGCCUACCUGGUUGGGUGCGACAAUGCACCAGGAGACCGCCUACCUCCAGCACGGGAGGGCGCUACAUUUGACGGAGGAGCGCGUCGACGGCCGUCGGCAUAUAGCACUGGCAGGGACGAAGCUAGGAUAAAAAAUUGAUGGGGUCAUGUAGAUGGCACUGGGUUCAUCCUUCUAUAAAUGUUAAUGAUUAGUAUUAAAUUAGUGAAGGAUUUCCAAAUUUCAUUGAUGUCAACUGACCUCAGUGCCUAUAAGGCAGCUCC